CAUGCCGAGAAAUCCAGGCGCGUAAUGCCGUGAGAUCUGGUGUCAGGGUGCAAGGUUUAGCCCCAGUCAGUUGUACCACGUAUUAUCCCUGUCCUCUGGUUCUUCAACAAUACGUUUUCGACUCGAGACUCGCUCAUGCCUAGGAGCCAGAUCACAACAUGGUGAGCAACACAAGACGAUACGCCGCAUCGGCUCCCACUAUCUUGUGGGGGCAUCCUUUUCUUCUGCAACCGAGCACAUGAUCCAGGGGAUCGUUGAUGACGCAUCGCAGGUUCGAAGACUCCGACCCAGUGCUAUUAGGAACAUCCCGAGUCGAUAAGGUGGCUAGGGUGGCAGUCCGGCCCGUGACGAGGGACACUCAGAUCUCACUAUAAGGUGCUAUGCAGACGUUCUACUCACAGAUGCACUUGCCUAUCAAUAAAGUCAGAGCAGGCUUUAUUUUAUGAUGGUCAAACAUGCUAGCUGUGGCUUCACAUCAUCUUCGGAGUGCAAGCAGCUCUUCAGGCUCCCUCUACUAGCAGAUUUCUUCCCCCCACUAUGCAGCUGUCACUGCCAGGUGCAUAGUGUCAGGUUGGAAAGCUCUGGGCGGGCCUUCAUUUCAACUAGCUACAGCGUGAAGGGAAACAUCCGAACCUGGCUGCCUCAGUCGUCUGGUCUUCUCGACACCCUGUCUUCCUUUCCAGCUGUUGCAUGGAGUCGCUUCGAAACUGACUCGAGUUGUGUGGUUUGGCGUCUAAUCAAGUUUUCAUGACGUUGCCGUUGACUACUGCAGCCUUUAAUAAACGGCUGACUACUGGAUUCUGCGGCUAGUGCGAUCCCACCGACCACUCCGAGUUCCAUCAGGUAGGUAUUGCGCAGGAAUACAUCUGGACCCUGCACUGCGCACACAGGAAAAGGAGCAGUCCGUACCAUCUAGUGAAUGCAACAGUACCAUCGUGGACACAUACGCAGACAAAUUUUCCGUCUUGGUGAGCGCUAGAUCUUUAAUCGUUGAGCUUGAUUUGCGGUGAUGGCGGCCCAGACAGAUAAAUACCCUUGUCGCUCAAGCGGGCCAAGCAUGGCAUGCGCAUGGCAUUACCGGAUGAGCCAUGUUGCUUAUGGGCACCAGUGCAUAUUAUCGCAUCUUGUCGACGUCUGCGGCCAUGAUUAAAUCUCCGGUUCCAAGGAUGUUUUGCGCCGCCACCGCCGCCGUCACUAAUUUUCGACGUCGUUGUCGUGCCUCUACAUCGGCACUCCUCCUCCGAGCGGCCGCUCCUCACUAUCACCCCAGAAAGUCACAUUACGACCAUGCAAGCUCGAUGAAGACGGAGAAUCGUUUGCACAGUCUCAAUACACACAAACGAGACAAAGUUGUAUUAUGUAUGGAGGAGAGUGUAUUGGCUGCAAUACCUUUGGUCACAAUCUUAGCUCAAGGUGUGGCACAACAGACUGCUUCUGGAAUCUCGUCUAAAGCUCGAUUAAUAUGUCGAAUUGGCAUAUUGACCUCCCACGCCAUACAACAGAAGAGGGUCACGCAGCUAUAUUGCAACAGGGUCUCACUCUAUGCAUGCUAUAAUUUGCCAAAACUUGGGGCGUAGUUCUUCUAAUCGCCUCGGGGUAUGUUCUCCUGGCUGGAUGGCAGUGUAAUGGUUCUGAU